CAACAGACAGUAAAAGUAUAAGCCGACUCGUACGUUGGCGGUUGGACGUCAUGAGAUUCUAGCAAGCAGCGACGAUGUGCGCGUCAAGCUAAGCCGGCUUGAAGUUUCUUGAUUCAUAUCGUGCUGUGUUGAUACGUUGUUGUAAAUAAAUUUCAGUUCUGUGCGAAAAAUAAUUCGUUCACAUUUGAUUUUGAGAGAAUCCAAGAUGGUGAAAGGAGCAUCAGUGGGCAUUGAUCUGGGCACGACCUACUCGUGCGUGGGUGUGUUCCAGCAUGGCAAUGUCGAGAUCAUCACCAACGAUCAAGGCAACCGCACAACUCCUUCCUACGUCGCCUUCACAGACUCCGAGCGUCUGAUUGGUGAUGCUGCCAAGAAUCAAGUCGCCUUCAAUCCUGACAACACGAUUUUUGAUGCUAAACGACUUAUAGGGCGUAGGUUUGAAGACCCAAUAGUUGCCGGUGACAUGCUGUUCUGGCCCUUCAAAGUGGUCAAUGACAGCAGCAAACCAAAAUUUCAGGUCGAAUUCAAAGGAGAGAUGAAAACAUUUUCUCCCGAAGAAAUUUCUUCUAUGGUGUUGACCAAGAUGAAAGAAAUCGCCGAAGCCUACCUGGGAGGGGCUGUAAAAGACGCAGUCAUUACCGUGCCUGCUUACUUCAACGACUCUCAACGCCAAGCGACCAAGGAUGCUGGCGCCAUUGCUGGCCUCAACGUCCUCAGGAUUAUCAACGAGCCAACAGCUGCAGCCAUCGCCUACGGUCUCGACAAGAAGGGAACCGGCGCCGGUGAGCGCAACAUCCUCAUCUUCGAUUUGGGCGGUGGAACCUUCGACGUUUCCAUCCUGUCCAUCGACGACGGUAUUUUUGAAGUGAAGGCCACUGCUGGAAAUACUCACCUUGGUGGAGAAGAUUUUGACAUUCUUCUUGUCAUUCACUUCGUUGAAGAAUUCAAGAGAAAAUAUAAGAAGGAUAUCAGAGAUAAUAAGCGAAGUUUGCGACGACUGAUGACUGCGUGUGAACGAGCCAAGAUAACUCUAUCAUCAUCUGCACAAGCUAGCAUUGAGAUUGAUUCACUUUAUGAGGGCAUCGACUUCUACACUUCAAUUAGCCGCGCCCGAUUCGAAGAAAUGUGUUCAGAUCUUUUCAGGGGAACGCUGGUCCCUGUGGAGAAGUCGCUUCGAGAUGCUAAAAUGGAUAAAGGACAUAUCCACGACAUUGUAUUGGUUGGGGGUUCAACUCGUAUUCCCAAAAUUCAAAAACUGCUGCAAGACUUCUUCAACGGCAAGAAAUUGAACAAAUCGAUCAACCCUGACGAAGCUGUUGCCUAUGGUGCUGCAGUUCAGGCUGCCAUUCUAACAGGUGACAAAUCUGAAGCCGUUCAAGAUCUACUCCUCCUCGAUGUCGCCCCACUAUCCACGGGCAUUGAGACAGCUGGUGGAGUUAUGACAGCACUCAUUAAGCGGAACACUGCCAUCCCCACUAAACACUCCCAAAAUUUCAGCACUUAUUGGGACAACCAGCCUGGUGUGCUCAUCCAGGUUUAUGAGGGCGAGCGCGCCAUGACAAAGGACAACAACCUUCUCGGUGAAUUUGAACUGUUUGGCAUCCCUCCUGCUCCUCGAGGCGUGCCUCAGGUCCAGGUCACGUUUAAUAUCGAUGCUAAUGGCAUCUUGGAUGUGUCUGCUGUCGACAAUUCUACCGGCAAGGAGAAUAACAUAACCAUCACCAACGACAAAGGUCGUCUCAGCAAGGAGGAAAUCGAGAAGAUGGUGCUGGAUGCCGAAAAAUACAAGGCAGAGGAUGAUAAGCAAAAAGAGAAGGUUGCUGCAAAGAACAGUCUUGAGUCAUACUGCUUCAACAUGAAAUCUACUCUCGAAGAUGAUAAACUCAAAGACAAGGUGUCAGAAGAGGAGCGCAAAAAGGCUUUAGAUGCUUGCAGCGAAGCCAUCCAGUGGAUAUAUGCUAAUCAGCUCGCAGAGAAGGAAGAGUUUGAGUUCAAACAGAAUGAAAUUGCGAAGAUAUGUUCUCCCUUGAUUAGUAAGCUCUACUGAGGUGCAGGUGGUAUGCCAGGAGCAGCAUUUGGUGCUGGUGGAUCAACUAUUGAGGAAGUAGAUUAAAUUGUAAGUUCUAGGAGGCCAUGUUCUUCGCAAAGAAUUCUAUUGUCUUGAAAGUGAGUGCCAGCGCCAUAAAAAAAAUAUUCAUUCCGUUAUAUCCUAUGUAAGGAAGUUAUUCUUCUAGUUUUUGUUAGAGGAAUACUCGGCGUCUUUUGUGACUGUCGGCUAUUCUGAUCCAUUUUGCGUUUACACUAAGAUAAAAGUGUUUUUUGUAAGAUACAAUUAUUUAUAUUUGCCGUUCAUUGUUUAUGAUUACAAGUUCCAUUAGACUAAACCUAUUUAGGUGUUAUGAUAUGAAUUUACUCAGUUUGUCGGUAUAAACGGACUAAUUAGUAUUUAGUAUAUCUCUUAUAAAUCUAGUCUUGCAUUAUUUUUGAGGGCAUUUAGUUUGAUUGCCCGAUUUUAAGGCGAAAUUUUCCUUUCUAUUUGAUUGCCAAGUUUAUAAACUAUAUCCUUA